UUCGCCAUUGCUGUUAUCCACUCCGCCAAGUCCCAAUUCUCUCUCUCUCUCUCUCUCUCUCUCUCUCUCAACAAAUGGCUUUAACGCUGCCUAACACGUUCCUUCAGAGAAAGCUCCCUCCUCCUCCAGCGCCUUCUCAUCUUCAGUGUCUUCCGGGCAAGAAGGCGAGCUCCGGCGGAGCCAGCCGGCCGAAGUGGAGUUGCCGGAAGAAAGACAUUCAUCCGGAAUUCUACGAGGACGCGAAAGUGUACUGCAACGGCGAGCUGGUGAUGACGACUGGCGGCACUCAAAAGGAGUACACGGUGGACGUGUGGUCCGGCAACCACCCCUUCUACCUCGGCGGCCGCUCCCAUCUCCUGGUGGACGCCGACCAGGUCGAGAAGUUCCGCAAGAAGUUCGGCGAGCUCACCGAGAUCAUGGAAAUCCCCGUCCUCAAGGGCGAGAUCGUGCUUCCCCCCAGGCGCAAGUCUGGCGCUGGCAAAGGCGGCAAGAAGAAGUAAGUCUUCUCUUGGACGUUGGGCUGCCCGCAUUCUGUUUGAGGUAAGGCCCCAAAAAGCUUAGGUUUGAACGGAGAUUGAUUGUAAUCACACCAUGCUUUCCUCUCUACAUUUCAGUGAUUUGUGAACGUUUAUUGAUUAUGCUAUGGAAUUGUGCUUGCUUGUUCAGGCCGAAUUCA